AUGGAUGUGGAGUUUGAUAGGUCUCUUCUCAGAGUCCACAUAAACUACAAUAACUUCCCGGCUAAGUUGUGGCGUCUGAUAAACAAUCCCCAAAACAACUCAGUCUUCUGGAGCCCAAAUGGAGAGAGCGUGAUCGUCGACCAGCAGCGGUUCGAGGACGAGCUGCUGUCACCGGUCAAACAAGAUGCUAAGCUGUUCAAGACCACCAACUUUACCAGCUUCAUCCGGCAGCUCAACCUCUACGGCUUCCGGAAGGUUUAUGACAGGUCCUUCAAGGACAGACGCCGCAACCUGCACCACUUCUACAAUCCCUACUUCAAAAAGGGUCGGCCAGAACUUCUGGUCCAUAUGAAGAGGCUGACUAUUAGUAACAAGGCCAAGAUGGAGGCCGGAGAGCAGGUGACCUGUCGUCCCCCGCGCCGAAACCAUCAGCAGUCUCAACACAACACAACAAAUGAGAAAAGAGGUUGUGCAGUCCCGAAUCAGCAUUUCGGUUCUGUAUCCCAUCAGCAGAAGGGGUCUGACCGAAGCCCGAUCCCUCCGUGCUCCUGGAUCUUUCCUUACAGUGAUGUGCCUCCCUUCUACUCUAACAAAGGCAUCCCGGUUUCUGUCAUUCGCCUCAAUCCGUACAGCACUUCUCACAGGGUUCAGUCCGGUCCCGGCGGUCUGUUUCCACAGGAGCCUAAAUAUAUACCUCAGCAGCUGUCCUAUCCCUCUGGAUUUUACUCGCCAGUUUGUCAGUGUUGCACUGCUGGUUUUGUUGAAGCAGAUCGAGCAGGUGGAGAUCAAACAGCUCUGCCAUAUUCACAUUAUGCUUAUUACCCGAACUAUUCUGUGAGCCACCAUCACAACAGCAUCCAAACCGCAAACUGGCCCGCACACGUUACGGCUGAGUCUCAGAGGGGCGACGUGAACCUCGACAGGGUGUUCCAGAUGGUGGAUGAGUUCCAGGGUUUGCCCAACGUCCACAUAGUCCGAGUGGGCACCCCUGUGAAAGGCCAGCACACCUCCAGCCCAACUCUCUACACUUUACCUGCUGCCUCUAAACCUGAACCUGACAGUCCUCAGAGCUCCAGGAUAGACACUGCGGCAUCCAGUCCUGUGAGAGACGAGCGUCCCUCUGCCAUGGCCUGCAGUGUGGGCACGCAAUACAUCAAACUGGAGUCUGAGGGACAUGAAGUUGAGAAGCAAGGAGCCAGCCAACUCAAAGAAGAUGAUUCAGCAUCUCUGGAGGCCUUAAAAAAGGCUGCUACAGAUCAGAAAGUGACUCAGGAAAGCAUCAGAAACUGA